AUGGAUGCGAAUUUAUUGUUCGACGCUUUUGCUUCGGCGACCACCUUCUCAAGAAUCCAGCAGUUGUUCGGUCAACUUUGUACGUUUCUCGAGAUCGAUCAGUUCGAUUCGGCGACAGUUUAUAAGAAUCUUAAAAAUAAAUUAACGGAUUGGCGCGCCAAGGAACUAUGGAGCGUUCUCGAUAGACGUGCAACCCAGAAAGAAUACUGCGGUCAGGCAGCUUGUAAAAAACUCAAUGUACUUGUCAUAGGAGCAGGGCCUUGUGGUUUACGUUCGGCAAUUGAAUGCGCCUUACUUGGCGCUCAUGUUGUUUUGGUGGAGCAGCGAGAUUGUUUCUCUCGUAACAACGUCCUUCAUAUUUGGCCAUUUGUUAUUCAAGAUUUAAAAAAUCUUGGCAUUAAAAUUUUUUAUCCGAAAUUCUGUCGUGGAAGCAUCGAUCACAUUAGCAUACGACAGUUACAAAUAUUCUUGGCAAAAGUUGCGCUCAUUGUUGGCGUGCAAAUUCAUGAUUCAGUAACCUUUCGAAAUCUUAUUUUCCCAAAAUCUCACAAUAGUGGAUUAAAAAUUAAUUUAUUAACGAAGCUUUUUUACUGGUACUUAAUUUUUUCAGUAAGCGGUUGGCGAGCUCAAUUCCAACCUUCAAAUCAUAUUCUAUCUGAGUAUAUAUUCGACGCAUUAAUUGGUGCUGACGGAAAACGAAAUAGUUUACCAGGUUUUCCAAAACAAGAAAUGCGUGGAAAACUCGCAAUUGGCAUAACCGCUAAUUUUAUCAAUCAACGAACUCUCGAAGAGGAAAAAGUUCCAGAAAUUAGUGGUGUUUCUUAUAUAUUCAAUCAACAGUUUUUCAAAGAGAUGAAAGAACUAACGGGUGUUGAUUUGGAAAAUAUCGUUUAUUACAAAGACGAAACACAUUAUUUUGUGAUGUGCGCGAAAAAACAGAGUCUCUUAGAGAAAGGAGUUAUUAUUGAAGAUAAUGAAGAUAUUUCUCUUCUGCUAUCGCCAGAUAAUGUAAAUCAGGAGAAAUUAUGUGAUUAUGCAGCAUCUGCAGCUGAUUUUGCCACUGAAGGGAAAUUGCCAGCGCUGCAAUUUGCUAUUAAUCACAAUGAAAAAGAGGAUGUUGCGAUGUUUGAUUUUACCUCAUUUUAUUCUGCAAAAUGCUCUGUUCGAUUAGUUGAGCGACAUGAUCAACGAUUAAUUAUGGCAAUCGUUGGUGAUAGUCUUCAUGAGCCAUUUUGGCCUACAGGAUCAGGCAUAGCACGCGGCUUUCUUGGAGUUUUUGAUACUUCUUGGAUGCUUCGAUCAUAUGGGUUGAAUCAUGAAGGGAUUAUGUUGUUGUUAGCUGAACGUGAAAGUGCCUAUCGGCUUCUUGCUCAAGCUAAACCCGAUAAUCUGCAAAAACAAUUGGAAAAAUAUACAAUCGAUCCUCGUACCCGUUAUGUAAGCUUUGAAUUAUCGGUUCAACCACAUGAAAUAAGUCAUCUAGUGGAUACAGAUAAUCCACGACAUAUCGAAACCAAUCGACCAUUGCCUUUGAGAAAUUUCGUUGAUUCUUCGUUCAUUAAGAGCUGGGAUGAUGGAAGGGCAUUAGCGGCAUUAGUUUCGAAAUUCAGACCAGAUAUUUUAGAUUAUAUUUCUUUAUGCUCUUUGCAGGACGCAGAUCGUAUGAUUCAGACUGUAUUUACCGUUCUUCAAAGCAAUUGCGAAAUUGAACCACCCGCAUAUAAUCUUUGUGAAUGGAAAAGUUUACCGAGUGCCGAUCGUAUAAAUUAUUUGUCUAAUAUUAUUCGUACAUUUCAAGCUGAUUCGAAGCGAAUGCGUGAAACACUUGAAAAUGCUAUUACGAAUGCGGCUCAUAAACGAAAAGCAAAAGUGCAGGUUGAUGCUUCUAAAGCCAAGAAAACGGAACCGAUUUUACGCCGUACUUCAAGUCUUUUGAAAGCGUUUUCCUCCGUCGUUGAAGGAGAUAAAUCAGAUGAUAAAAUUAUGAAUGAUUUUCUGGAUGGUGAACAAGGAUGUUUGGACGACGAAAAAAUUCGCGAGGUCUUAUUAGAAAUGAAUGAUGAAGAAAUGAAACAGAAACAAAAGCGCGAUCAGCGACUUAAAGUAUUCGAGGAGUGUUUUAAUAAAUCUUCCAAAUGUAACGAAAAAGAAGUUAAAUUUUGGACGAAAAGGCCGGUGGUCGAAAAACUUCAUCCAGAGCGUUUAUUUACAGUCGAAAAAAUCAUUUCUGGUGAAUUGGAAGCAGAGAAAAACCGUGAAUUAUACCACAACAAAAGACGUUUAGCCAAUAUUUUUACUCGUAAAAUGGAAAAAAAAGAUAUAGAUGAGAUGGAAAUGAAAUUGGAGCAAACUGGAAUGGGUGUUCUAUUUGAUAAGGAACACUUUCGUGUUAUGAGUUCGAAAGAACAGAAGAUAAUUAGUGCGAAUGCUGCUGCUGCCCGGCAAAUCGCUUCUGAUGGUUUUAAACAUGAUAAUAAUAAAUUUAAGGAUAUUGAUGAAAAAUUAGCUAAAGCUGAUAAUAUAUUGAAAAAUCAGAAUUUGGCUGGAAUCAAUACUGUUUCUCGAGCACUGAAAAAGCCUUCUUUGACACCGGCACCUCGACCUGCACCUCCAACACCUCCUAAAAAAGUUAGUCUUCGUGAAUUUGCUAAUCACUCUGAGUUGGAACAGUGUAGCGACCAGGAAAAUGGCAAAAUUUCUUUUCGAAAUGCCAGUCUAUCAAAAACAAAGAAUGGAAGGCCUGUGUCAAUGCCUAUCAUUGGACUAAGUUGCGAAAGUGUUAAUGCACGUCGGCAGGUGUGUUGUCAGUUAUGCACGAAAUUUGUUUAUUUGGCGGAGCGGAUGCAAGUUGAAGGCAUGUUUAUCCACAAAAGUUGCUUCCGAUGUGCAUACUGUGAACAACCGCUGCGACUAGGGCAUUGUGCUCAGGAUAGAAAUCUUCAUCAAUUUAAUCCAAGGUUUAUUUUUCCAACUUGA